AUGAUCGGAAACUUGGGGUCUUGGCGAGGCCAGGUCGCAGGCUUUCGCGGUGAGCCGCAAGACAGCCGCCACACCUUUCUGCAGCGCUUCCAGGAAAGCCGGGAAGGGGCGGAGCCACCAGCCUUCCUAGCGGUUGAGGAUGCUUACGAGCGUGCUGAGCCUUACUACGAGACGAUGAAGAGAAACAUCAUGGCAGAAGCAGUGUCCUCCUUUCGGGCUGCGGGUGCGCGAGUGCUGGAUGCAAGGCCAGCGCAGGCAGGCUUGCUGGUGACCAAGCUGAUCAACGGUCAAGAUGGUGAUCUGCAAGCAUCUGGCGCAGCAGAUCUUCAGCUGAAGGAUAAUGUGGUGGAGUUCGAUGACGAGCUUUUCUGGGUGACGAAGUGCGAGGUGAGCUCUGUCCAGGUUCCUGGAGGCACUAAGUACACAGCUGAACUGGAAGGCUUCUCCUCUUCCGGACGCGAGCUUCGUUAUCCGGAGGACUUUCGUUUUCACUCGGACAUUAUCUUGAAGCUUCGAGCGCACAUCUUUGUGGGAGACUACAUGAAUCGUUACCGCUGCGCCCGUGAGCUCUUGAACGGCAUUGGGUUGACAGACCCUCAGCUGGAGAAGGCUGUUCUGAAACCCUGGCGCCAGGUUCCUGGCACCUAUACUCGGCCUGGUGCCCUUCGCGAAGACUUGAUGCCCAUCAACAGUGACCAGCGCUCGGCUGUUCAUGGCUUGUCAUCACGUCUCGAAAUCAUCCACGGCCCUCCAGGCACGGGCAAGAGCACAACAAUCUUCCACAUGCUCAGCUCGCGCUUGCCUUCGAUGGAUUCCGCGGCCAUCGUAACUUGUGUUACCAAUCAGGCGAUUGACGCCGUGGUGGAGAAGUUGGCGCAAACGCACGACUCUCUUGGCGGCUUGCGCAUCCUGGUCCUCGGGAAUCCAGAUCGAGUUGGACGGACAGCUGGGAACUACACCUUAGACAACUUGAUUAAGAAGGAUGAGAUAGUCCUCAGCAUGAAAUGGGCCACAGAACUGCUAUCAAAAGCUUCGAAGGCUGUAACUGAACUCCAGACCGCAAGGAGGGACCGACUGUGGAGGCCUCAUCGCAGGUCCCGGCUUCAACUUUCGCUAAUCGAGCGGCUUCCUUCCGUCGUUCGAUAUCGCGCGGAGCUCGAGGCGGAGAACCGUCAGCGCCGACACCAUCAAGAGGCCCCAAAGGCGUACGACCCCCUGAACUUCUACCUGCGCCGCCUUGACGACAUCAAGCGAAAGCUGGCAGCGGCUGUCACUCAGCUGAGGCCAGUCAGAUUCUUGAGAAGGCGACGCUUCGGUGUUCCCUCACCUUCCCGCUUCUACGAAUGGAACGUCCACAGUUUCAGCCUUCGCAUUCAGAAGGCUUAUCAACGCUCCGAAGAGGCCUUGAGCUUGGCCCAGAACACGGCAGCGGCGCGGAACGUCCGCAGGACGCGGGUGCUCUUGUGCACCAUACCCUCGAGCUACAAGGUCAUGCAGCUGCAGGAAGAUUAUCAGGACGACUUCCCCAAGAGGCUUUUCAUGGGCAUACUGGAUGAGGCUGCUGCAACUGCCGAGACCUACAUUCCCUUGAUCUUGCGAUUGCAAGUUGAGAACCUGGUGUUGCUGGGCGAUCACAAGCAGCUCAGCCCAUUGGUCUUGGCCUCGGGCGGGGACCGCGAGAUCAAGGACAAGAACGUCGACCGCAGCUUAAUGGAACGGGCCAUCGACAACAACCUCCGUCCCCACUCACUUCGAGUCCAAUAUCGCAUGCCGGAAGUCCUUUGCAAUCUGGUGUCAAACCUGUUUUAUGGCGGCUCCCUUCGGACGGCAGAGACGAGUGUCACAGACCGUCUGAGUCGGCUCAGCCUCGGCGGGCCAGGGCAGCAAGGGCAGCCCAGGCAGCCCGAGCUGCGCUGGUUCCACGUAACCGUCCAAGAGCUGGACGUGGGCACCUCGAAAGUGAACCAUGCCGAGGUGGUCCAGGUCAUUGAGCUGUUGAGAUCUGAUCCUGUCCUGGGCCGUACGUUCGACUCCGUGAUGGUCAUCACUCUCUACAAGCCGCAAGCGGCCCUGUUGCAGGAGGCGCUCGCGAAGGCUCUUGAUCCCCGUCGCAUGGCCUUCAUCAAGGUGGUCACCGUCGAUGCUGCCCAGGGGUCCGAGGCUCCGCACAUCGUCCUCUCCACUGUGCGAAGCAACUCAGCUCGGAGCAUCGGCUUCGCUCACAAUCCGCGACGCCUGAACGUUGCCAUCAGCCGCGCCCAGAAGACCUUGACCAUUGUCGGGAAUAAGGACGUCUUCAACACUUCCCAACCUAACUGGAACCGCGUGGUCUCCACCUUCUGCCGGCAAGGCCAAGCCUUCGACGUAUCGGUCCACACGCUCCAGAACACGGGCUCUUGGCACUUCGUACAGCAGCGGGCUCUGGAGAUGAUGGAGCGCAGCGCGAGCAAGGGCAAAGGCGGCAAAGGGAAGGGCAAAGGUCAGGGCAAAGGCGGAAAAGGCUUCAAGGGCAUGGAUGUGCGGCCGCGUGAGCUCGGUGAUCACUGGUCAAAUCGUGGCGCUAUGCUCCGAACGAGAGAUUGUCCGAUGUCCGACUGCCCCAAAGCCAUUCUUGGCUUUGCCAUCUCGAUGCAACUCAGUGAAUGGAACAUCGUAUGUGGCAGAGCAAUUUUGCAGCUUGUGGUCGCAAAAGUGCACACAUGCCAGAGCAGCGGAAUGCGCGUGCACUGGAAAUGGACGGCCGCGCUUGCCUUCGCAGUUGCAUCUCGUGCGCCGGCCUUCUGUGGCGGCCACUGCAAGCAAGGCGAGGUCGACGCCGGCUCAGCCAAGAUCCGCGCCUUGAAGAGUGCCCUGGCCGGCCUGGACCGCGACUUCCUGCAGAAGUAUUUUGAAGUCACUUCUGACGACAUUGUCAAGUCGAGGAAGGGUCACCAAAGACAUGAACGAAAUAUCAAGGAGUUCCUGAAGAGCAAGGGAAGCGCUCCUCUGACACUUGUCAUGGAGACUUUCUCGGUUCCGAGAAGGUGGCUGGCCUCGCACGAAGACUUCCUUGUUCAAGGCGGACGCAUCCGGCUCCGUGUGCGCCAGACGGAUCAACCGGAGGUCGAGAUCGUGGAGGAUCAUGUUGGUGUCUUCCAAAUGCGGCCGAGCUCAGAGAGGACAGCGAAACAGGAGAUCGCCCGUUUGAGGGUUUUCUUGAUGAGCCAGGUGGCACGUCUGCCCACCUCUGUGCAGACCAACGCGCUGCGCCGCCUGAAGGGCAUGUGGCAUCCGGAUGCUGCCCCUGGUCAGUAUCUUGGACAUGACGCCGUAAUUGCAGAGGUCUUUCGCUUCCUCUGCUCCGUGGAGGUCGCAGCAACCGGUCUUCACAUCCCACCAUCCCCUUUUUUUAGCCAUGGGCUGCGCUCAGCUGCGUGCUGGGUGCCGCAGGUCAUGGAGAGCUUCCAGGAGGACUUUGCGGAGUGCAUCUCCAGAAAGGACUUCCGAGCUGCUACGGAGCUCUGCAAGCAGCAGCUGCAGAAGACUCCGGACAGCCGAUAUGUUCUGGACUUGAGGAAGACCGUCGAAGCGUUCCUAGAUGCCGCCGAGGAGUUGGAGGCUCAAGAGCAGGGAGACUUCGAGGAGGAGCUCUUGGGCUUUGAUGAGCUGGCGGAUAAGGUGGCGGCUGUCGCGUGUGACAGGGCCUACGAGGCAAUGUUCGCCUACUUGCACGACGAAGAGCGGCUCUGGGCCGUUGGUGAGCAGGCCGUGGGAAUCUUCUGGGACACGGGGCAGCUGGAGCCGGCCGGACCUCGCCGAGAUCGCCUGAAGUCUAUGGCGGAGACCUUGACGAGGACCCUGAGCACUCGGCUGAAGUUGGCUAGAGCCAGCGGCAUCGACAACGAGUGGCUCUUCGAGGCCUUGGGCGAGCUCUGGUUCUUUCAGGAGCUCGGCCUCACCUCAGAGCCUUGGCUGGCGGAGGCCUGCGCAGAGGGGCUCAGGGGCCUGAAAGGCAAAGUCAUGGAGGAGCUGACCGGCUUCAGCCUGGAAGGCUUAAAGAGCGCCUCCUGCGGAGAGCUCUGUGACGCACUCAUGCAGGUGUGGACCGUCGAGCGGAGCUCUGUCUGUGGCCUUCUGGACACGCCUCCAUUGGAGUACGGUGUCUGCGAGGUGCUGGCGGAAGUUCGGAGGCGGCCGCUGAUCCUGCCCCCCAAGCCGGGCUUUUACCACUGCUUCUACUUGAUGACGCAUGUGGUGUACACUCUGAACUGUUUCAACGGUCACUUGCCAAACCGCCGCAGUGACUGCCCGUGGCUUUACGCCUACCUCGAGUGCUGCCUCGAGUUCUGGCUGACCGUGGCGGAGUCAGAGACGAUGUCGGCCUUGCAGGGAGAGGCGGUGGAUGCCAUCGCUGAAGCAGUCGACUGCUUGCGCGGAUUGAACGAAAGCGGCUCGCAAACGACGAUCAGGGCAUGCAGGUGGCUCUUGUCUCGGCAACAGGCUGAUGGCUUCUUCGUGUCUCCCAACUCGAGUAGGCCCGACUUGGAAAACUCCGGCGCCGGGUCCCAGUGGGCUGUGCCAGUGCUGGGCGCGACACGCCCGAGAGGCGGCAUCGGAGGUGGGCUUCUCGCAGCCGCCUGCGUGACGAACUCGGAGCACAAGGCGCUGAAGCACAGUUCGGGAGCUGUAGAGGCGAGGAAAGGGGAUGCGACAGAUUCCGAUGGGAGCAAUGGGGUCCGUGGCGCAGCUUCGGAUUGCCAGUUUCCUCAGCUUUCCCGCGAGGUGUUGCUGAGCAAUGUCUCUGCGUUUGCUUCUGCAAGUCUUCAGCAGAGAUGCCCAAACUCCCCCCCAAACUCAACCGACGCCAGCCGCGACGCAAGCCGCGACGCGAGCCGCUUGGGUCGUCAGAGCUGCUUGGCUCGAGCCGAGAGAGCCGGGAGUCGCCGCUAUGAGCAGGCCGUUUCCCAGCACCACCGCAAGAAGAGAGACGCCCGCAACUCUUGCGAGGCCCCUCUCCGAAUCCCUUCCCGGAGCCCGAGCGGGAAGGAGGCCAGUGGGGCAGCUGGCCCUGUGGCUGCAGCUCUAAAUGUGUUCUUCGGUCGUGCAGGUUCGGUGUUCUUGGCAUUCCAAGACCGUCUCUGCCAUGAUGAAGGUGCCUAUACCGUCCGUCUUUGCCUGGAAUCCUUGGAGUCUAUUAUUGAUGUCGGUGAAUUCGCCAAGAGACUCCAUGAGAGGCAGCGGUUCUUUGCACUGGUUUGGGGCGGUACUUCGGAGGAGUCUCGGUUGAUGAGGGCAAGUCCACGUGAGGUUGUCGGCCGCGCCGGCGCGUCGGGCGUGUCGUUGCAGGUCCAGGUCCUUCCAGACGGCUCAAUGCUUGGGCAUGCACAUCCUGCAAGGCAAGUCGCGGACGCUGGGCACCGCGAGGCGGAGAGCCAGCAGGAUACCCUGCAGCAGACAGCUGCGGUCCAUCACCAUCAUCAUCACCGAGUCAGGCACCCAUCGCACCCUCGUCGAGACUAUGAUUCCAGAGCAGAGGAGAAGGCAUGGCACGAGCUCGAAGACAAAGGCACGAUGGGCGACAUGGAGGAUUUGCCACUGGUGUCCGGACCGCACGAGAACUCGUGGGAGGGAUCUUCGAGCCGGCUGAAGCCCCACUCCUUCGACUGGGAGCUGCCCUCGGAGAAGUGGACCUCCGCCCUCUCCUCGCCCGAAGGCGACCUGACACCGGGCCUGGCGCCAGCAGGUGGAAGUGGAAGCGUCGGAAGCGUGCAGGACGAAGCCGAGGAGCGACGAAGCGCCACACGUCUGGUCAGGAAUGUGGAUAACUCCUUGCUGGCCAUGGUGGUGCGUAUCGGCGACGGUGUAGGCCCGAUCACAUACUCAAGGUCACCGGGAGUCCACCAGAGCUUGAACCGCGAGCUUCGGCAAAGACUCGUUACGCAGGACAUUGCUGCCGUCGGCUUUUUGCUUUUCGUCCUCGGGGUUGCUGUGUGGGUGAGCUGCCUGGGCGUGUACCAAUUCGCCGACGACCCGUCGCAGGUGCUCUUUUACACAGACCCGAAGUAUGCACAGCAUCGGGUUCUCUGCACUUCUAGCGACCAGGAGUCAUUCCUGGAGGCCUUCAACACGCAGCCGCACCGUGCCACGCUGCGCCUCAUUGGAAGAAGGUCUUCGACAAGGACCGGCGGGUGCUGCGAGCUGCUGCGAGGCUCCUUGGCCUCGGCGCUCUCGCGCGCGGCGGGCCGUUCCCGGCGCUUCCUGCUCCCGGGCCGCCGGAGGCCUGUUGCAGAUGCCGACAUCUUGUUCGACGUCUCCUUGGACCUCAGCUCGUUCAUAUCGGGUGAGGGCCAGCUGGCAUCCCAGGAAGAGGGAAGAAAGCUGGAAGGCCAUUUGAUCAACAGCAAUCCUCUCCAAGUCCUGGUGCUGAGGAAGCGGGUUCUUUGGGCCAACUGGGAGGAUAUGGCCACCAACAUCAAGCAGAAGCUUCGUGGAAUGGGAUUCCGUGGCGAAGUGGAAGUUCGCUUUGACUCUCAGGAGGACCUGCGGAUUUACAGGAAUCUUCGAUGGCAGAAUUUCGUCCGCACGCCCAUCACCCACAUGCUUUCGGUGCUCUCUGGCAUUGGAGUAUUGUUUUGGGUGCCCUACCUCUACUGCCGCUCUGAUGUAGUAGUUGUGGAAACCAACUUCCAGAUUCAAGUCGAUGUCCAUCGGUACUGGGAGAUGCUGUCGCAAGGGCUGGACACCUCUGAGGGCUUCCGCACUUGA